AUGAGCAACACCUCAUCCGGCAGCGCCAGGCACCUCGCCGACGUCGUCAUGCGCAACAUGCAGCACCCUCGCGCCCCCGGCUGCAUCGUGCGCUCGCGUCCGCCAAAGUCUCUGCGCUCCCCUGCAUCACGGCCUUGUCCACCUUCUUCAUCCAUCCAAGACGCAACACGCAGCUCCACCUCAUCAUCCCAAACCCAGGGACCCGCCUCCAGCCUCCUGGCGCGCCUCAUCCCAGCAGACCACCGCACCGGCGCCCCAGCCCAGAAGAAGCAAUUGUGCGAGCCGUCGGUCGACGCCAGAAAAGCCCGCAGCAGCCCUCUCGCCAUCCGCUUUCAGCCUCACGUCGCAGCCGCCCUGCAACCUCCGCUGCCCCUCUCACCGAUCAUCGGCACGGCGAACUGCUGUCCCGCCGCGGCGAGCCAAUCCGACCGUCCCCCUCAGCACCACUGUGAAAGGUUAAAGUCGACGGCCAAUCACGCCAAGCGGCAGCAGCAGUCAUCUCCAGAACUUUGA